GAAAUUCGACAUAAAUCCAGUGACUACCCUCACAGAGUUGCAAAGUAUCCAGAAAACAGAAAUCGGAACAGAUACAGAGAUGUCAGUCCAUAUGAUCACAGCCGUGUGAAACUGCAGAACACUGAGAAUGACUACAUCAAUGCCAGCCUGGUGGUCAUUGAAGAAGCCCAGAGAUACUAUAUUUUAACACAGGGUCCACUACCUAAUACAUGUUGUCAUUUUUGGCUAAUGGUAUGGCAACAACAAACCAAAGCAGUUGUCAUGCUGAACAGAAUUGUCGAAAAAGACUCGGUGAAGUGUGCACAGUACUGGCCAACGACAGAAGAGGAGGUUAUGACAUUCAGUGAAACAGGUUUCCGUGUGAGGCUGGUAUCCGAAGACGUCAAAUCCUAUUACACUGUACAUCUCCUGCAGUUAGAAAAUAUCAAUAGCGGCGAGUCCAGGAUGAUCUCUCACUUCCACUACACCACGUGGCCAGACUUCGGGGUCCCCGAGUCCCCCGCCUCCUUCCUGAACUUCCUCUUCAAGGUGCGGGAGUCGGGCUGGCUGAGCCCCGAGCACGGCCCCGCCGUGGUGCACUGCAGCGCCGGCAUCGGCCGCUCCGGCACCUUCUCCCUGGUGGACACCUGCCUGGUCCUGAUGGAGAAAAAAGACCCAUUUUCUGUAGAUAUUAAGAAGGUAUUACUGGAUAUGAGAAAAUACCGAAUGGGACUUAUUCAGACUCCUGAUCAACUAAGGUUUUCAUACAUGGCUGUAAUAGAAGGAGCAAAGUAUAUAAUGGGAGAUUCAACUAUACAGGUAAAUGCUCAGAUCUCU